UGAGCCAGAACAUGCAACACAUCAAGCUCAUUAACGAUGGCGAAGGUUUCGAGCUUCCGUAUUAUAAUCGCUGGCGCCGCAGCUUUUGUUGUUUUGUCCAUUGUGCUAGACGAAGGAAAGUUCGGUGCUAGUGCAGAGCCUCAAGUUUCGGUAACCCUUCCUCGUAAAAAUUUCCAUCGCCCUAAACCUAAACCUAAGCCGGUGGGAACUAAAGCUACACCAGCUAAGAAAACUCCGAAACCCGCUGCGCCUGCUAAGGAUUCUGCACCUGCUACACCUCCUGCAUCUUCACCUUCGAUACAGCCUCCCACUCCUGAAGUUGUACCUGGUGGAGCUACUCAACAGCCUGGGCUUACAAGCGCUACUGCUGAUACUGUCCUAUUAGGGUUGUCAUCCGGCCUUAGUGGCUACGCCAAUUCUCGUAUGAUGCAUGGCAUGUAUGGCGGCAUGUAUGGCGGCAUGUACGGCGGUUAUGGUGCCGGUGCCGGCGCUUAUGGAGCUGCUGCUGCAAAUACCGGCGCUUCUGGCGCGGCUGGCGCUGCGGACGCUACUGCCACUUCUACCGACCCUGGUACGUCUGGUGCUGUUGUCGUUCCUGGUGCUUCUGAACUUGCUGGUAAUACAGAAGUUUCAGCAACUGAAGCGAACACCGCAGGCAGCUAAGCAUCGAGAAAACCACCGUGCCCCAGCUGCGCGUUCGAAAAACAAGUCAAAUCUGGAAUAAACAUUUCUUAUGUCA